CCCUUAGAGAAGCACUACCGCCCACGCGAGACACGUUUGUCUCGCCCGCUCCCCCCAAUCGCACACAACCUGAAGCACCCUGGAGUGGGCUUUAUUACUUAUUACUCUACUCGUACAAGUAGUACGGAGUAAUAAGGUACGGUAUCAAAAAACCCUUUUUCUCCUGUUACUAUUAUUACCCUCGAGGUACCAUCGCUUCCCCAACCUCAUAUAUUGCGCAUCGUUUGCCUCGUUUUUUUUUCGUCGUUUCUGAUCGCAAUAACACAGCACGCACUCGCUUAUUAUUAUUUUUUGUUUGGAGCAUCAUAUCUACUAUUUGAUCUCUUAGAUCGCUCUUGUUUUUGUGUGUGUAUGUGAGAGAGGAGGAAAAUAAAACACGAGAAAAAAAAAACAACAACAACAAUCAUGAUCUCUUCAGCAGCUCUCGUCGCUGUUGUUUCGCUGUUAUCUGCUGCCCCCGUGGUGUUGGCUCAGACGUGCACUCCUUGCGAAGACGUGCACUUCUUCUUGGCUCGCGGCAACAACGAACCUUACCCGGGAAGACAGGGGGAUCUCGUGGCGGCGACCUGCGACGGUCUCUCCAGCUGUGGUUACGAGAAUCUCAUCUACUCGGCGCUCUACACCGAUCUGUCGUGCCAGACCACCUACGACGGAGUCAUUGCGGGCUUCACCCAGUUGACCUCCUACGCCGAGCGAUGCCCGAAAUCGAAGCUCAUCCUCGCCGGGUACUCUCAAGGCGCACAGAUUGUGACCGACAUCCUGGGCGGUGGAGGUGGUGAAUCCUUCAACGGUUGUAUUCAACCAAACACGCCUCCUCUGGAUCCCACCACGAGCCCGGGAAACAGACUCUCCGCUGUCCUCACCUUUGGCAACACCAGACACACCGCGAACCAACCGUACAACUAUGGCAACGGAUCCGGCAUCGACGGUCUCUUCCCCAGAUCCGGCGACAUGUUGACCGCUCUCGACAAGUACACCGCCGUCACUCGUGAUUGGUGUCUUCAGACCGAUCCCAUCUGUGCCGCCAACCAAACCGACUCGCUCGUAUCCACCCAUCUCGGUUACUACAACAUGUAUUCUGACGAGGCGGCCGCCUGGAUCAAGUCCGUUGCUGGUCUCGUCGACAACUCGGACUUCACGACCGCCAUCCCGACCUACGUCAGCGGUACCGUGCAAGACUACUCGACCGUCGGAACCGCCACUCCAUCUGGUAGCGUCAGCACCGUGGCCACCACCACCCCCAGCAUCAACUGCGGUGGUAGCUCCACCACCCCGGUCAUCGCGGCCCUGACCAGCGCCAACGCGACCGCCACCUCUUCUGGCAGCCUCAUCACCAGCAAGCCCCACGCCAACAGCACCAUGUCCACUGCGGCCAUCACCUCUGGCCCGCCCUUCAUCUUUGGUGGUCCAGAUACUACCACCGCCUCUGCCACCGUCUCGGGCGGUGCCUCGUCGACGAACUCGGUCGCCAUUCAAUCCCAAACCGGUGCCGCAAACAGCAACAACAAGGUCGGCAGCUUUGGCCUGACUGCCCUCCUCCUACCCCUCCUCGGUGCCCUUGCGAUGUAAAUAAACCGUUUACGACCUUUUUUUUCCAUAUAACGCGGCAAACGAAAUGAAGAAAUAAACGGACCAUUAUUGAAAUUGUGAAGAUGUGUGUAUACGCAUAUUUAUAUAUGGUGGACUCAUGUACUGUAUAUACCUACCUAAUAAUAACUAAUUGAGCAUCGUCCCUUUCAUAGAUACAUAUACCAGUCCGCCCAAAG